UGGCUGCAGCUCUGUCGAGUGUCAGAAGAAGUGAAAGUAGGCUGCAACCAGCAAGCGUCCUUUCCCAAGAAGCACACGACAGCUGCUUCUUUCACUGCUGUCAUUCAGCGCCAUAAACAAGAAUCAUUCAGGAGGUCAGCUGGUGUUUCUUCGGACAACAUGAAGUCCACGUGGCUGCCGUCGUCUUUGCUGCUGCUGCUGCUUUUGGAGGUGAGCUGUGCGUCUCCUCAGGAAAGCAACAAGCCCAAUUUCGUCCUGAUGAUGGUGGAUGACCUGGGAAUUGGAGACCUGGGCUGUUACGGCAAUAAAACGCUGAGGACCCCCAAUAUUGACCAGUUGGCACGAGAAGGGGUGCAGCUGACCCACCACAUCGCUGCAUCGAGCCUCUGCACGCCCAGCAGGGCUGCAUUUCUCACCGGACGAUACCCGAUAAGAUCAGGCAUAGCUGGUCACCACGACCCUGGCGUCUUUAUCUUUAAUGCUGCAUCUGGAGGUCUUCCCAGCCAAGAGGUCACCUUUGCUAAGAUCGUUAAACAGCAAGGUUAUGAGACUGCUCUUAUAGGAAAGUGGCACUUAGGACUUAACUGCAAGAGCAGCGAUGAUCACUGCCACCACCCCAGCUCCCACGGCUUUAAUCAUUUCUACGGUAUCCCUUUGACCAACCUGCGGGACUGCCAGCCUGGACACGGCACAGUUUUCCAGUUCCAUAAAUAUUUGCCAUUUAGGACACUGGGCAUCAUCUUGGUCACUGCAGUUUUACUCCACUACAGUGGAUUCAUCACCAUCACCAGACGGCUGAUUCUGAGCCUGCUGUCUGUGCUGGCCGUGGUCGCAGGUCUGGCAGCAGGAAUUGUCCUGAUUGUCCCAUACUUCAACUGUGUUCUCCUUAGGGACCACAGUAUUGUGGAGCAGCCGUUCACGGCUGAGAACCUGACACAGAGGAUGACUCAUGAGGCAGUGGACUUCAUAGAGAGGAAUUCAGACAGGCCUUUCCUGCUGUUUUUCUCUUUCAUCCAAGUACACACAGCGAUGUUUGCUUCAGCAGCUUUCAGAGGAACGAGCCCUCAUGGCAUCUACGGGGACGCUGUCCAUGAGGUGGACUGGAGUGUAGGUCAGAUCAUGGAGACCCUGGACAGACUCAACCUGAGACAAAACACUCUUGUUUACCUGACUUCAGACCAAGGAGCUCAUCUGGAGGAAGUAUCUUCCAGCGGGGAGGUCCACGGAGGAUGGAAUGGUAUAUAUAAAGCAGGGAAGUCCACAAAUUGGGAGGGAGGGAUCCGGGUCCCGGGAAUUCUGCGUUGGCCAGGGAAGAUCCCCAGCGGCAGACGGAUAGACGAGCCCACCAGCAACAUGGACUUGUUUCCUACAGUGGUGCAGCUGAGCGGAGCUUCGGUCCCAGAGGACAGGGAGAUAGAUGGCCAUGACCUCAUGGAUUUGCUGCAGAGGAAAGUUGAAAGGUCGAAUCAUGAGUUUCUGUUCCACUACUGUAACGCCUUCUUGAACGCUGUUAGAUGGCAUCCUCAAAACAGUAGCUCUGUGUGGAAAGCCUUUUACUUCACUCAGAACUUCUACCCAGAGGACAAGAUGGCCUGUUUCCACACGCAAGUCUGCUUCUGCACACCAAAUUACGUGACCUACCACGAUCCUCCACUGCUCUUCGAUCUCUCGAGGGACCCAUCAGAGACCACACCGCUGACUCCAGACAACGAGCCGGCCUUUCACUCCAUCCUGGCUGUGAUGAAGGAGGCCGUGGAGACGCAUCAGAGGUCGGUGAAGCCUGUGGAGAGCCAGUUAACUGCGGGGAAGCUGAUAUGGAGGCCCUGGCUGCAGCCCUGCUGCUCCACACUCACACAGCUCUGUCAGUGCCAGCAGGAUCAAUAGGCUGCUGUCGGGCUACAGAACAAGAUAAUUAUACUUAAUAGUGACACUAAACUAAUCUCAUGUGUGACCUCAGGACUACUUGCAUGAUUCCCUGAGACUUCCACACAGCAACCUCAACAUGAAUCUCAGAAAUCAGAACAUUAUUCCACCUGUCAUUUACUAGCCGACUGGAUAUUUGGAGUAACAAAGCAAAUUCAGGGUAAUAAAAGACAUAUUUUUCAUUUUAUUGUGAACAGUUGCUUUCACUACAUAAUUGAUCACCCUUUUGUGACAUUCAUUUACCCUGUACUGUAAUGUUUCCUGUGAGGAAAAAAGUGUUUGCUCCUCAUUUUGGGGGCUUUGCUGUAGCAACACAGGAAACAAAUUAAUCCAAAUUUAUCAUUCUGUGAACAACAGUUACAUUAAUUGCAGACGUUUUGCAUGCAUCAUUAAUUUAAAGUUACCUGGAGGCAAACUUGCCCCGCCAUAAGUCACAGAAGGCCGAUCUCAUUUCUCUACUUUGAGACUCUUCCGUCCUCCUGCCUGUGACCCGGGAAUCGAUCUCAGGGUGCCAUCUUGAAGGAUGUCUCAAUUCCUAAAAUGCGUCUCGAGGACAGAGCAGGCUUUCCGGUGGAGCCAUGCAUCCUCAAUGUAUCUUUUGCGGGAGUCUCUCUGGCGUAUAAAAGAGACGUGACGCAGCUGGAAUACACAAACCACGCCGGAAGCGAAACCGACAAAUAUGGACUGUUUACAGUGUGUAACAUAAAUCAUUGUCACAUUAUGAAUUGAAUUACGAGUAAACAUAUACUGUAAAUUGGGUUGAACACUUCUGCUCAUCUGAUAGAGAUCAGAAAAUACAGUAACAAAUGAUGCAGCUGUGGAACACGUCAUGUUGAAUUGAUGUCACUUUCAAGUCGAGGAAAGGAAUCGAGGAUGUUCAAACUGUCUGAGUCUGAUGGUUUACAGAAUAUGGUGUAACCCCACCUGUGGGCUGAGCUCUUGUCCUUCUUAAGAUAUCAGAAAUGCAAAGAAGAGGGUAAUAAACGGAGCAAAAAUGAAAGGUUAAAAAGGGAUUCACAGAGCUUAAUAUAUUAUUUCAACAAAGAGUCAGAUCCAAAAUGGAACCAGAAACCAUCCCAAUAAGGCAGAAACUAGACUCCAUCACUGCUGUGGCGGGAGAAACUGGGGCUUUCAUUCUUUUCAGGCUUCCCAAAGAGCACAUGUUAAAGUCUUUACAAUCUGAGUGUUUCUCCAACAGUAAAAAGAAAAGAUUGAUGUCGAUCUCAUGUGUAUGUUAUUUUACUCUUGUAGUGGCUGUGGAGCAAAGAUGCACAUGAACAAAGUGAUGUAUGGUCCUGCUGACUGUUUCACAUGAAAUAUAGCUUGCAAGCUAGCAAACGUGGACGCAAACAAUCCGGCGUUUGAACGUCAGCUUUGCCGACGAUUCACGAACAAGAAAACGUCUUGUUCCUGUGUUUUUGAUGAAAACACACCUGCAGUACCAACACUUUUAAAGCUCACGUGCUUUGUUUAAUUUUGACACAAAUGAAAAUGUAAAAAAACAAUUUAUAUGAUAUUCAGUGUUGAACAUGUGAUGCAAGUAAUGAAUAAACAGUCUGUGAACACUUAUCAUUUUAGAUGAAGAGUGUCCAGGCCCUGAAGGAUGUACUGUA